UGGUAUUCAAUGUCUUUCUUCAAAACAACUUGUCCGAAGGUUUUCAAGAGCUGAUAAAAGGACCUUUCCCCUGAUCUUGGAUCAAAGGAUAACCAUUUCAAUCUCUUUAUCCAUGGACGCAUCAAGAACAAACCCAUCUUCUCUAUCACUCCUAGACCGGGUUGCCAUAGUCACUGGCUCGUCCCGGGGCAUUGGGAAAGCCAUAGCAGUCCAUUUGGCCACUCUGGGUGCAAAACUUGUCAUCAACUACUCUUCCAACAGGGACCAGGCUCAACUUGUAGCCCAAGAGAUCAAUUCUUCUUUUCCUCACAAUCAUUCCCCUCGUGCCAUAACAGUCCAAGCCAAUGUCUCCGAUCCAGCCCAUGUCAAGUCUCUUUUUGAUGAGGCUGAGACGGUUUUUGGGUCACCCGUUCAUGUCUUGGUGAACUCUGCUGGCGUGGUUGAUUCCAAGUAUCCAUCCAUAGCCAAUACUUCCUUGGAGGAUUUUGACCUUACUUUCAGUGUUAACACUAGAGGUGCAUUCCUGUGCUCAAAAGAGGCAGCAAAUCGGCUCAAACGCGGUGGUGGUGGCCGAAUAAUAUUGGUAUCAUCAUCUAUGGUGGGUGGAUUGAAGCCAGGUUUUGGGGCAUAUGCAGCUUCAAAAGCAGCGGUAGAGACAAUGGUAAAGAUAUUAGCAAAGGAACUCAAGGGAACUGGGAUUACUGCAAAUUGCGUUGCACCAGGUCCUAUUGCAACAGAGAUGUUUUUUUCUGGGAGGUCUGAGGAGCUAAUUCGGAAGAACAUAGAGGAGUGUCCAUUAGGCCGGCUUGGCGAGACCAAGGACAUUGCACCUGUUGUUGGGUUCUUGGCUACUGAUGCUAGUGAGUGGAUUAAUGGACAGGUUAUUCGUGCCAAUGGUGGAUACGUUUAGAACUUAACGAUGCACCAUGCUAAAUAAUGCAGGAGUUUGUAAAAAUGAUGCUUUGCAUUUUGAAAAUUUCAUAACAAAUUGGUUUCCACCAGUUAGUUUUCUCAAGUCUUCAUGUGGAAUGGGAGUUUUGAUCUGUGUAGAACAAUCCUUUCAUGAAGGGAUCAAAGGAAUAAAAAUUCAAUUUUUGAA